CUGAUAGAUCAUCGACACCAUGAGCAGCACUACGACCACUUUCCCGCGCAUCAAGGAGGUCCGCACCUUCAUCACGAGCGGAGUCGGCUCCGGAGGUGACUAUCACAAUGUAAAGGGUGGUCACUGGCUGAUUGACAGCGACAUCUCGACUCCCAUGACCAAAUGGGCGGAGUACCGUGGCUCCCGAACUUCGUGGGGUAUCAAUGUCCUGGGCUCUUUCUGCGUCGAACUUGAAGCCACCGAUGGGACGAAAGGCUUCGCCACGGGCUUCGGUGGUCCCCCUGCUUGUUGGCUGGUCCACCAACACUUCGAGCGUUUCUUGAUUGGUGCCGACCCCCGUGAUACCAACGACCUGUUUGAGAGGAUGUAUCGGGCUUCGAUGUUUUACGGCCGUAAGGGUUUACCCGUGGCCGUCAUCUCCGUGAUUGACUUGGCACUCUGGGAUCUGGUGGGCAAGAUCCGCAACGAGCCCGUCUACAAACUCAUUGGAGGAGCCACGCGCUCGCGCCUACAUUUCUACUGCACUGGGCCGCAGCCGGCUGCUGCCAAGUCCGCCGGCUUCAUUGGCGCUAAGGUCGCACUCCCCCACGGUCCCGACGAGGGCACGGAGGGUCUACUGAAAAAUGUUGCCUACCUGCGUAAGCAGCGCGACUCGGUCGGCCCCGACUUUCCCUUACGCGUGGACUGCUACAUGUCCCUAAAUGUCCCUUACACCAUUGAGCUCGUUAAGCGUUGUGAGGCUGAGGGCAUUAACAUUGACUGGUGGGAGGAGUGUCUCACUCCCGAUGAUUUCGACGGCCAUGCGCUUUUGAAGAGAGCUCACCCUACGGUCAAGUUCACCACCGGUGAGCACGAGUACUCCCGCUACGGAUUCCGCAAGCUUAUCGAGGGCCGCAACCUGGAUAUCGUGCAGCCUGACGUGAUGUGGGUUGGCGGUCUGACGGAGCUGCUCAAGGUCUCGGCAAUGGCCGCUGCCUAUGACAUUCCAGUUGUUCCCCACGCUUCAGGUCCUUACUCCUACCAUUUUGUUGUUUCCCAGCCCAACACGCCUUUCCAGGAGUACCUUGCCAACUCUCCCGACGGCAGUACGGUUGAGCCUGUCUUCGGUAACUUGUUCUUGAACGAGCCCAUUCCCACUCAAGGCUACCUUGAUGUGUCUAUCCUGGACAAGCCCGGAUUUGGCCUCGAGCUGAACCCCGCUGCUCCCCUCAUCAACGCCUCCACUAUCCUCACCCCGGCUCCCCAGAGGGGGCUGCCUGCUCCGGUAGCAGAGCAGCACGAGACCAACCGUACUGCAUAG